AUGGUUGCCGCGGACGAGAAACCACGUGCGCUUGUGUUAGGCCAUUCGUUUGUGCGAAGACUUAAGGAAUUCGCGGCUCACAAUCACUCAGAUAGACCAUAUGAUCUGAACCUAGGAUUGAGUAAUGUAUGCUCCAUCAUCUUUCACGGGAUCGGGGGCCGAACAGUAGAUAAAAUGAUCAGAAACAAUCUCGAUAAGAUUCGCAGCGUCGCCCACAACAUUGUUGUCCUCGAGCUCGGUUUAAAUGAUUUAUGUGACAAGGAUAGUGACCCCGAGACAAUCAAGCUUUCAAUGGUUGAGCUAGCAGAGCUGUUACUUAAAGAAUUUAGCUUACGAUUUAUAGCGGUAUGCGAAGUAACUGUUCGUCAAAAUGAGCCCUUCGUUGGGUAUAACGAGAGAGCUGCACUUCAGAAUGGCCACCUGAGGGAGUCAUUACACGUCAUACCUGCAGCGAAGUGUUGGCAGCAUCGUGGUUUAAUUAAUCCGACGAAUAACGCAGUCUACGCGCCUGACGGCAUCCACCUGAACUACAUUGAAAAUAACGCCCUUUACCGAAGCUAUAGGGGAGCCAUUUUAUGGGCACUGUCCCAAGUCAAGCAAUGUUAA